UCCCCAAGUAUUCUCCCAUUUUCAAUCUCUCUCUCUCUCUCUCUCUCUCUCUCUCUCUCUGAUAUGUAGAUUUUGUGUGUCAGAACUCAUUCCCCUUUGCUGUUAAUUUUGUCUUUCUGAGUAGACUCUUUGUGUCAGAAGGAAAAUCUAUUUCUUCAUUAACGCUGCUUUGUCGACCUUGGAUCUAUAUAUCCCUAAAAGGCGCAACAACCGGCCACAACCUUUGGUUUUAAGUGCAACCAAACCCAACAUCCCAAAACCCUAAAAUUCUCUCUUUGCAACUAUGAAUCCUAGGCGCUCCAUCUCUUCGAACCCUGCUAGUACAGUAAAAUCUAGGUUCACCAAUGGCUUCCUUAAAGCCUUGUUGAGAAUAAAUAGGCAAAGAAUUACCAGUACUACUGCAUAUACCCCUAGGGAGAUCUUUCGGGGAUACCUCAGAGUCAAGAUUGCAGCUGAUGUUUCCAUGGCUUCUGCUAUCGGCUCAAGGAGAGCUUGGAGUCGAGCUAUGCUUCGCAAGGUUCGUAGCCAUGGUCGAGACGGUGCUCAGGUUAGAAGAAUGAGCUUUCUUGCCAUGAGGAAAAGAAAUUUAUAUGGGAAGAAGAUCAAGUGUGUCGAGGAGGACGUAGGUUGUUACCAAGCCAACGUGCUACGAAAACUGGUGCCUGGUGGUGCAGCCAUGGAUAUGUGCUGUUUGUUAGGUGAGACUGCUCAUUAUAUAAAGUGCCUCAAUACCCAGGUAAAGGUGAUGAGAAGAAUUGCUGAAGUUUUCUCCACUUGAUCUUGAGACCGAUCGAUAUAUUAUCAUUUACAUUGAAUUUUGAGUGGGAAUAAUUUCGACCAACAAAUUAUAAAAUUUUAUCUUUGAAAGAAAUUUCCAUCCUGAUGAUCUGGAUCAGCUGAUCAUGGCCGGAGGGAAGCUGGCCUGAAAAAAAAGUAGGGUAAAUGAUGAAUAUUAUUAUAAUUUGUAUGUUUUGAUCUUAAUUUGCUGUUGUUUAAUUUUGCUAAAUGUUUUUAAUUA